AUAUAUUCAAUAUUAGUAUAAAAUGAACACUAUAUAGCCACCUCAACCAUAGAUUUAAUAAAACUAACCAUAACAACAAUAAAUACCAUAAUAUCCAAAUUAUCCACCUCCAGAAAAUUAAGUUAGAUAUGAUCCUAGGACAGCAGCUACAUUUUUGAAUCCAAAAUCAAUUUAGAAAAAAGCUAAAUUUUGUCCAAUUUGUGAUUUUCCUGCAAGUGUGAGAGUAGUAAUAAAUCCUUGCAGACAUUUUAUGUGUUAUGAAUGUUAUUAUAUUGAUGGAUAAACAUUUUGCAAAUUUUGCAAUGAUAUUGUAGGUUCUGUAAAAAGAUUAGACGAUACAGAGAAAUUUUAUUCUUGCGAUUUGGAUACAUGUUUUAAGUAAAAUUAUAUAUUGAUCAAUUCAAGGUAUUUUGAAUCUGAAUAAUAAUUGGAAGAACAUAACUCACAACAUACUAUAAUAUUAGGUUGA